AUGAAAGCGACAGGAAGAAAGCGGUGGAACUUCGUCACGCGGCUGAUUCUGAAGUCGAACGAAGAACGACAAAGCUAUAUGGGAGCAAUCACACCAGGCAAAGUUGCCGUUGUCGUAAGUUGGUUGAACCUUCGUUCUGGCCUGGCUGUAACUUCAUACCACGACUCUGCUCAGGGACCUGCUGGUGUGGCUGUGCUAGUGGACAUUGACAGAGUGGAAGGAGAAGAAGUUGGUCCACGAAAGACAGUCGACGAACCGAUCAGAGGGAUACUUGUCAAAGGAGCUCAUGAAACACCACAAUUUAUCCCCGAAGAUAAGAUAGAGAAGGGUCGAGAUGGCCAACCAAAGUUCAGAAACCACACCAAGGGCACACUUGUGAGAGGUGCUCAUGGAGAAUCGAUCUUCUACGCAGACAAACAAUGCCAGCCAGACUCCAAGGGUAAUCCACAGAACGUGACAGUCAAAGGAGUGGACAAGGACCUGCAGAGCAAGAUUGGGGAAACAGUCUGCCCACCAUGCGAGGUGGAGGUGAACGAGAAUGGCAUGCCAGUGUUGGUGCAGAUCGUCAACGCUCAGACCGUUCCUAAG